AUGGGAGAAAUCGACUCCGAUUUCGAACAAAUCGCUUCUCGGUCGGCCGUCUGGAAGGGACUGCGGUCGAGGACAGAGAAACCUGAGCGCGCUUCAUGCAGCGACAGACUCCACUGCGACGCCGUCCUCGUGCCAGAGACGCUGGCGUGUCAGCACCGUCGGCUCCACGUCCGGAACUGGACGCCAUCAGGCCAGAACCUCUCCCACGGGACCUUCGUGUUCGACGGGUUCCCCGAGCUGCGGGCUCACCGCCGCCUCCUGGCGCUGCCCCUGUCGGCGGCCUACCUGGCGGCCCUGGUGGGGAACGCGCUGCUGCUGUACGUGGUCUUCAGCGCCGAGCGCCUGCAGGGGCCCAUGUACCUGCUGAUCGGCCUGCUCUGCCUGGUGGACAUCGCCGGGGCCUCGGCCAUCGUCCCCAGCACCGUCCUGGCCCUGCUCUUUGACCAGGACCGGAUCUCGCUGGCGGGCUGCUUGGCCCAGAUGUUCGUCACCCACUUCCUGUCCUCGGUGGAGUCCACCCUGCUGCUGGCCAUGGCCGUGGACCGGUACCUGGCCGUGUGCCGGCCGCUGCGCUACGCCCACCUCAUGGAUUCCUCCGUGUGGCUGAAGCUGCUGCUCUUCACGCUGCUGCGCAGCAGCGCCAUCAUCGGGACGCUGGUGGCGCUGGCGGCCUCGCUGCACUUCUGCGGCUCCAACGUGCUCCGGCACUGCUACUGCGACCACAUGGCGCUGGUGGGCCUGGCCUGCGGCGACAGCCGCAGCAGCCGGGCGGCGGGCCUGGCCGUCAUCGCCUGCUUUGUGGGCGUGGACAUCCCCCUCAUCCUCUUCUCCUACCUGCGGAUCCUGGGCGAGGUCCUGCGGGCGGCCGGCGGCUGGAAGGCCUUCCACACCUGCGCCACGCACCUGAUGGUCAUGAUGACCUUCUACCUGGUGGGCAGCGUGGCCUUCCUGUCGCACAACCUCAACAUCCCCAUCCCCACCGGCGCCAACACCCUGCUGGCCCUCAUGUACAUCCUGGUCCCGGCCACCGUCAACCCGGUCAUCUACGGGGUCCGAACCACCGAGAUCAGAAACGGCUUCUACGCGCUCUUCAGAGUCAAGGUCAAGGUCACGUCCCCCCCGCAAACCUUCCUCCCGGAGCCCGGACCCAGAUGCCAACUUGGUUUUAUUGAGAGGGUUCAAUAAAGGCGGGAGCAGGGG